AUGCCUUGGGUACUAACGACAAUAGCUGCUAUGUUCUUUUGGUCCAUCAUAAGUAUUUGGCUUCUUGUUGCUCAAUGUUGUUGUUGUAGAAAGAAGAAAAAAAAAGUUGCAAUAGUAACGAGAAGCGCGGAGAUGGUGGAACAACAGCAACAACUGUUAGAAGAAGAACCGCAGAAACAACCAGAGCCUGUUGUCAAACCAAAAGCGAAACCAAAAGACAACCCAAAAGCGGCAAAAGUAUCUACGGCUAUUAAAGUAAACAAGGAAGAGAAAAAGAAGGCUAAAAAACGGGAAAAACCAUCAUCAACCGAAAAGAAAAAAACUUCUUCAUCUCCUUCAAAAAAUAAGACCAAAACAAAAGCAUCGGGAAUUGUUGGACCGCAAAGUAGCAGCGAGGAAAUGUUGGCGUUAAAUAAAGGGAAAAAGGUUUCAGCUGUUCUUGCUGCAGAAGAAUCUCAAAAACGUUAAGGAAAACUCAAAAACUUCUUUAAAAAUAAUUUUUCAUGGGAAGACAGUAGUCUCAAAUCGAGUAGAGACGAUGUUGAUGAUAAUCCGGACUAUGACACAUUGGAUUUUGUUGAAAAGUUGGAUGUAUUCAAGAAAGUCGAUGGAAAGAAGAAGAAAAAGAAAAGCCAGGACUGAUAAACUUACCAUUUGCGGAAUUGGGUUAAUGGAAUGGAUGUUAAUUGUUUUUUGUAUUCUGGAGGAAGCUAAAAUAGAUGAAGAAAAUAUAAUAAUAUGUAAAAUUCCGUAAAUAUUCUUGUUAUCUAAUAUGUUA